GGCUUCCCCAGCACUGCUGCCAGCGGGCUGCUGGACAGCCCCACUUCCAUCACCCCACCGCCCAUGCUGAGCGCCGACGACCUGCUGGGCUCCCCCACCUUGCCUGACUGCGCCAGCAACCCCUUCACCUUCUCCAGCCAGGAGCUGGUCAGUCUCUUCGCCCCCAGCAUGGGGGUGCAGGUGCCCAAUGGGAGCUCCCCCACCACCUUCUUGUUCAGGCCCAUGUCCGAGUCCCCCAACAUGUUUGACUCGCCGCCCAGUCCUCAGGACUCCCUCUCUGACCAGGAGGGCUAUCUGAGCAGCUCCAGCAGCAGCCACAGCGGCUCAGAUUCCCCUAUCCUGGACACCUCAAGACGUCUUCCCAUCUUCAGCAGACUCUCAAUCUCUGAUGACUAAUCUGGGGUUUUUCUCUUGCUCCCCCCCAUCUCUAUUAUGAUAUUAAGCU